AAGUCAGUCUCUGGGUCCGGGUUCUGGAGAGACUUCGGAGCCUGGUCACGCCCACAUGAUUUCUUUUUAUACAAUCGUGGGGGAGGAGAAGAGAGUAUCUUUGCGCGCCCCCGAACACUGUGUUAUGGCCAAAAAGAGCUUUUCAGUCCGUACGCCUGAGGGCCCCGGGGCCCGGUUCUAUCAUCACGAAACCAAGGAGCCGGGAGUUCCCUCAACUAACUGGAGCGCCCGGGAGGUGGUGACGUUCAAGGAUGUGGCUGUGGACUUCACCAGGGAGGAGUGGCGCCUCUUGGCCCCUCCCCAGAAGGAGCUGUACAAGGAGGUGAUGCUGGAGAAUGCCUGGAACUUGCUCUCUGUGGGGCUUCCAGCAUCCCCAGAAGAUAUAAUCUCUUAUUUGGAGCAGAGGGAAGACCUUUCGAUGGUGGAGCAGGAAGAUUUGAGAAACUGCUACCCAGGUGAGAUCAGACCUGAUAUGAAAGUGACUCCAACAGAAGUGAGCUUUUCUGUGGAAGAAACUAAGAAACAAAAACUCAUGAGUGAUGUUCCAGGUAACUUAGCUUGGAGAAAGUUCUGUGUUGAAUUUCAAAAUUCAUACCUUCCUGAACAUCAAAGAAUGAACUCGGAGGGAAAGCCUCAUGAAUGUAAUCAGUGUGGAAAGACUUUCAUGCACAGGGCCAGUCUUGCUGGACAUCAGAGAAUCCACACUGGGCUGAAAACUUAUGAAUGGAAGCAAUGUGGAAAGACAUUCAGUCGGAACUCUAGUCUUUCUCAAUAUCAGAGAAUCCACACUGGCGAGAAACCUUAUGAAUGCAAGCAAUGUGGAAAGACAUUCAGUCGGAAAUCUAGUCUUGCUAAACAUCAGAGGAUCUACACUGGCGAGAAACCUUAUGAAUGUAAGCAAUGUGGAAAGACAUUCUUUCGGAGAUGUAGUCUUCACCAUCAGAGAAUCCACACUGUGGGAAAACCUUAUGAAUGCAAGCAAUGUGGAAAGACAUUCAGUCGGAAAUCUAGUCUUGCUGAACAUGAGAGGAUCCACACUGGCAAGAAACCUUAUGAAUGCAAGCAAUGUGGAAAGACAUUCUUUCAGAAAUGUAGUCUUCUUCACCAUCAGAGAAUCCACACUGGCGAGAAACCUUAUGAAUGCAAGCAAUGUGGAAAGACAUUCAGUUGCAAAUCUAAUCUUGCUGAACAUCAGAGAAUCCACACUGGCGAGAAACCUUAUGAAUGCAAGCAAUGUGGAAAGAAAUUCAGUCGGAAAUCUAGUCUUGCUAAACAUCAGAGGAUCCACAGUGGCAAGAAACCUUAUGAAUGUAAGCAAUGUGGAAAGACAUUCUUUCGGAGAUAUAGUCUUCUUCACCAUCAGAGAAUCCACACUGGUGAGAAACCUUAUGAAUGCAAGCAAUGUGGAAAGGCAUUUAGUUUUAGCUCUGGUCUUUCUAGCCAUCAGAGAAUGCACACUGGGGAGAAACCUUAUGAAUGCAAGCAAUGUGGAAAGGCAUUUAGUUUUAGCUCUGGUCUUUCUAGCCAUCAGAGAAUCCACACUGGGGAGAAACCUUAUGAAUGCAAGCAAUGUGGAAAGACAUUCAGUCAGAACUCUAGUCUUGCUACCCAUCAGAGGAUCCACACUGGGGAAAAACCUUAUGAAUGCAAGCAAUGUGGAAAGACAUUCAGUUGUAGCUCUGUUCUUUCUAAACACCAGAGAAUGCACACUGGGGAGAAACCUUAUGAAUGCAAGCAAUGUGGAAAGACCUUCAGUCAGAACUCUAGUCUUGCUAACCAUCAGAGGAUCCACACUGGGGGAAAACCUUAUGAAUGCAAGCAAUGUGGAAAGACAUUCAGUUGUAGCUCUAGUCUUGCUGAACAUCAGAGAAUCCACACUGGGGAGAAACCUUAUGCAUGCAAGCAAUGUGGAAUGGCAUUCCGUUAUAGCUCUGUUCUUUCUAAACAUCAGAGAAUCCACACUGGGGAAAAACCUUAUGAAUGCAAGCAAUGUGGAAGGACAUUCAGUCAGGACUCUGGUCUUGCUGAACAUCAGAGAAUGCACACUGGUGAGAAACCUUAUGAAUGCAAGCAAUGUGGAAAGGCAUUUAGUUUUAGCUCUGGUCUUUCUAGCCAUCAGAGAAUGCACACUGGGGAGAAACCUUAUGAAUGCAAGCAAUGUGGAAAGGCAUUUAGUUUUAGCUCUGGUCUUUCUAGCCAUCAGAGAAUCCACACUGGCGAGAAACCUUAUGAAUGCAAGCAAUGUGGAAAGGCAUUCAGUCAGUCAUCUAAUCUCACUGAACAUCAGAGAAUCCACACUGGGGAGAAACCUUAUGAAUGCAAGCAAUGUGGAAAGGCAUUCAGUUAUAGCUCUGUUUUUUCUAAACAUCAGAAAAUCCACACUGGGAAAAAACCUGAAAAAAUCCACACUGGGAAAAAACCUGAAAAAAAAUGAAAGCAAUGUGGAAAGAUGUUCAGUCAGAAAAUUCGUUUUGCUAUACAUAGUGGAUUCACACUUGAGUGAGACCUUAUGAAUGCAAGCAAUGUGGAAAGACAUUCAUUUGGAGCUCUUCUUGCUCUACAUAAGAGAAAUCUGGAUUUUCACUUAGAACUCUUAACUUGCUCUAAGAUUAAGUGCAAAUGAGCAUAUGAUUUGUAUCUAAAGAGAUACCAUAAAUAAAAUGAGGGGGCAUAUAAUAAUCCUCAUUUUAUAUCAGUUUAUUGAUAAGACAGAAACUUGUAACCAAAUUGGAAAUAGAAAACAGUGUGGUAUAUAACAUGUUACCUUUGGCAUGUUAAAUUCAAAUUUUUUUCUACAAACAAAUCCAAUAAAACCAAGGUUAAAACGUAGAAAACAGUUAUCCCCUUUAAAACAUUUUCUAAUUAAAGUCCUAAUAUUUCGUUUUAAUCACAGUUUCGAAUACUUACGUCAUUUCAUAGCAUCUAAAUUUAAAGUAUAGUUAAUUCAGUAGAGGAAUAAUGUCAUUGCUCCAUAGAAGCAAUUUUAAAACUAAAGGUAUUGUUUUGCCAAAAGUCUGUGCAAAUGAAAAACUAAAUUAUAACAUGAUAUUGUCAACUUUAAAAGAAAACUAUUGACAGCCAAAUAAUUUCUAUUCAGUUGAAUGCAUCAUCAAAUUAUCUGACAAAAAACUUGCAUCUAUUAGCUUGGCCCUUUGGCCUGAUAGGGAAUAAACUAGUGUAAUAUGACUUUUACAAUUAUAUUUAUUUCUACAAUUUCUCAACAUGUUACUUACACAUCAAAUUUUAAGCCUAUUUUUCAUUAAGAUCUGUGCCACCUGUACAAGUUCAAGCAUAAUCAUACUGGUAGAAAGAUACACAUGAAUAUGCUACAUUACAAUUUAUUUUUACAGGCCCAUCCAAUGUUGAUUCACAAUUUUAAAUGGUAACCUAAAGAAUCUUCUCUCAAGAGACACUUGCUGUCAUCUCCUGAAAUGACAUGCACCUUUACUGCUGCACAUGCUCUGUCGCAAUCUUUCUUCUUUCUGAGUCUUUGGGAUGAAGGAGGAAAAGAGGCAGGUGUUAAAGAGAUGAAGAAAGUGGAGAUGCAGAGAUGAUUCCUAGUGAUAGGAAUCUACACAAAUUUAGGUUUGGGGUUAGGAAUCUGCCCAAAUUUAGGGUUAGAGCCUCUCCUAGAAGGCAAAUGCAUGCUCUGGCCUGUCUUAUUUCUGUCUCUUGUCCUUAUUUCUCAAGCGUCAACAGUAACUUUGUUGCAACCUGAACAGACCCAAUCCUUAAGAUCCAAGAGUCUUCUUUCUAGGAUCUUAUCUCCCUAAAGUGAGGUGGUAUGGUCACCUGGUUGUCCAAGAAUAGGGCAAAGCCUGAGCCCCAGAAAGCAGGAAAGGGCCUGGAUCUGAUUUAGGCAAAGCUUUGCCUUGUGUGAAUCUUAAAAUUUCUCAGACUUGUGAAUGUUAAAAAUUCUCAGACUCUAUCUUAGAACAUUUGGUUAAGACAAUUCCCCAAUUUAAACAAUGAAGGUACUUGAUCAGGAAUGUGAGAACUCUUUAACAUUAUUCCACUGAUACUUAAGCAUACUUUAGGGGAAGAUAAAAUUGUAAACUUCCUACUGUGGCAUUUAAAAAGAGCGGGAGCCAUAAACUGUAAGAAUUAAAAUGGUUGUGGCCAUAAACUGUAAGAGUUAAAAUAGUUAUGGUCAUAAAUUGUAGUGAUUAAAAUAGUGGAAGACUUAAUUUAUGGCUGCUAAAGGAGUGGGUGAGUAAAUUGUGACCACAGAAAAUAUGUUUUCACUACAGUGUCUUGUUUUAAAUCAAUAUUUAAGGUGGUCGCCAGGGAAAUAUUCCCAAUUAUGAAUAUACCCAAGUCAACUGGGUUUUAUAGAGACUUUAAUUAAUACAAUGAGGAAUUAAAGAAAGAGAGAAAGAGUAAGAAAGGAAUAAGUUUGAAGGGCCUUAAGCCAACAUGGCCUAGACCUGAGUCUUUAGAGAGAGAUCAGUCAGUCCUUAAUCACUCAUCACAAGAUUUGUCCAAGCACGAAUAUAGACACCAGUUCAGCCAGCCAUCCUUCUCCAGAGAGAGAUUCUUCUGACUGUCCUCAAGAGCCUCUCCCAAGAGACUCCUUAGAGACUGUUCCUUCAGAGCCUCCUUAGAGCACUCUCCUUCUGACAGCCUCCUUAGAGACUUUUCCAAGAGAUUUUUUUUCAACAGACUGUCCUUAUAUAGGGGGUUUUCUCCUAUGUCACGUUCCCCUAAGUUCUUCCAUCUACCAAUCACAGUAGACGUUUUCCAAAGGACAGCCCAUUCUGAAUUCACACCUGAGUAGACUAAUCCUUUUAGUAAUCCACACCUGAAUAGGCUAGACUCUCUGUGUGAGUUUUUUCUUCUUUGCUUCUUUUAAGUUCACAAGUUGCCUGACCUUUAUAGGUACUUAGCACCCCUUUGUAUUCUAAAAAUAGGCAUGGCUUAAGUAUGGGUGUAAGUAUUUUUCAUUGUUCAGCAAGGAGUUUUCUCCCCUAAAGCAGGCUUAAGUACGGGUGGAGUAGAGGACUUCACAUUUUUGAUCUAAGUAGAGUUCUCACUGUCCAAAUGGGGAAUUGUCCCAAUGGAGAAUUCCCCAAUGGGGAAUUUUUUAACAUUCACAAGUCUGAGAAAUUUCAAGAUUCACACUACUGAACAAUGGAAAAGUACUUAACUCAUACUUAUAGUGAGGCAAAAGCCCUUACGCUAAGUCUAUUUUUAGAUCUAAUACAAAAAGUUGCUAAGUUCCUAUGAAGGUCAAAUUAAUCACUAAAAGGUCAGGAAACUUGCAAGGGACAAGCUUAACAAAAGAGGUGUAACGUUUAGUCUACCCAGAGAAGUUGAGAACUAAAGAAGAUGUGAAUUAAGAAUGGUCACUCCUGUGAAAAUGUCUACUGUGAUUGGUAGAUGUGAAAACUUCGGGGAGGUGAUAUAGGAGAAAAUUUUCUUUAAAAGGAAGAGGUUUAGGCCUCUGAAAGGGGGCAGCUUUCCAAAGCUGAAUUGGAGGGGUUGGUGGCUGAACUUAGUUGAGCUGAGGAGCUGAACUGGUGGGUCUCUCUGAACAUUAGGGAAUCUUGUUUGGGACAAAUCUUGUGGUGAGUGGAUUAAAGACUGACUGAUCUCUCUCUUAAGGCAUAAGCCUAGGCUGGCCCAGGCUGGCCUAGCCCUUUUCCUACUAUUCCCUCUUACUCUGUCUCUCUCCCUUUCUUUAAUUCCUUAUUUGUAUUAAAUAAAAUCUCCAUAAAACCCAGCUGACUUGGGUAUUUCAUAUUUGGGAAUUUUUCCAAUGGCGACCACUUUAUUUUUAAUAUAAAAUCAAGACACAAAAAAAUUAUCUUUACAGUUUUGGAAAUUCAAAGUCUUGAAACCAUAUUUUUGGGGUCACAGUUUAAGGCAACCACUCUUUUAACUGUUGCCACUUGUAUCACUUCUCAGGAUUCAGCAGUCUCCAACCCUAAUUAUGUGCUGUAGGUCAAUGGAGAAAAGGAAAAUCAGGAAACCAGCUUCCUGGCUCCACUCUAAAUCUAGUCUCUCUGAUGUCAGCUGUGUUCUCACCAUGGCAAGGCAAUUUUGUGACGUCUCCCUAAUGGAUUCCCUUUACCAUCUGUCACAGCAGGCUUCCAAAUAUCUCCCUUGUCUCCAGCUUUCCCUUAUAACCCCACUGCCUACCCACACCUUCUAAGCUGAGAAUUUGACCUCAUAUUUCACUGAACAAAAGCUGGACCUCUGCAGAGCUCUCUUAUCCUCCAGAUAUAACCCAGCCCAGCUGCUUCCUUUUUCUCUCUGGCCUCAGGAUCAGAGGAAAUGGUCAUUCUCUUAGCUAAAGGAACACUCCUUCCAUCUGCAAAGAAACCCAUCUCAUCCCUCACCUAAGUCCAGUCUAUUCCUCCUUCCAAGACCCUCAUUGUUCUUUCAUAUUUAGCCUUUCCCACACUAAUGAGCUAAUGACUUUCUCUGGGGACCAAUAAAUCAUCCCCAAUGCUCUCUAAACACCCUCACUUGAUCUCUUCAUGCCUCUGAGAUACUAUCCAGUGUCCUUGGAUUCAGGGAAAAACUACUAGAAAUGGCCAUUUGCAGUGAGUUGUGCCAGUGCCUUUCCCCUGUUCUCUCUAUCCUUCCCCAAGAAUUCUUAGUGUGGCUCUCCUGAAGGCCCAGGUUACUUACCCCCAUUAGACUUCUCUAGUGCUCCUUCCCUCUUGGGCUUGGCUGCCCUGGAUAUGGGAUCUAGAGGGUUUCUACAGAACUGUCAGCAUAAUUAGCUCUAGCAGACGGUGUGCUCCAUGAGGGUAGGGGAUGUGCACUACAGCCAUUUAUCAACCCUAUAACUUAGCCCAAUACUGGCACAGGGCAAGCCCUUAUACAUGUUUCUGAAUAAUAAAGAGCUCAGAGUGGAUAUGCUUAGCUCUUGGCACCUUCAGGAGAUUUCCAGACCCUUCAGUCCCAAACACUGAUCUCUUAAGAAAGUCAGACCCAUCCCCUGAGGGGAGUUGGUAGGAAAUGGAGUCCAACAGCCUCGUCUUGCAAAUGGAGAAAUGAACUCAGUGAGUCAGUGAUUUGUCCAAGAAUCCCCUGCUAAGACCUCUGAAAAAGGAUCCCAAUUUGGGUCCUCCUGUCCCCAAAUCUAUCCCUGGUUUCACUAGAGCACUUAGAAGCCUUUGGUCACCCCAACUCUCUUACACUACUGAACUUUCCCCUCCCUCACCUUGACAGCAGCUCCUCACACCUUAUUUCUCCAGCAUCCAUUGGCCUUCCCUCUGUCUUAAAGGAGACAGCACAUCCUUUGUGGGAGGUGGAAGCCCUGGUCAGGGAGGAGGAUGGAGAGAAGCUCAUCACUGCAUUCUCUUGGGGAAGGUGGGGGAGUCCAGUAAUUCCAUUCAGAGAAUCUCUCCAUGGGGUUCCCACAAGAGUCUGCCCUAACCCCUCAGAGUAUAUCAUGCAGGAAAGGUGUGCCUGCUACUGGGGGACCUAGAAUGACCAACUGCCCUCUCUCCCUUCCUAUUCUUGUCCAUUCUGCCAGAAACUCCUAAACUCUAAAACUGGGUCCAAGAGUUAGUGUUUUGGGUCCGUCUGAUGCCCCAGACACCAAGACCUCAAGGGGAUCAAUUUUUGUCCCAUGUCCCUGCCUGCUGCUCCCUCCAUGAUGCCUCUCUGAGCUCCAUGGACUGUUCUCUUGUCUGAAGUCUGCCUCUUCUCUGAAUUGUCUCUGCCUCUUCUAGGGAACAAGACCAUCUUCAUUAGAUCCAAUGUUGUCUCAACCAGUCCAUCCAUCCUGACAAUGACAGAGGGUGUGGAAGUAGUGCCUGAGGGAGGUUUACAGGACUUUCUAGAGGAGAGUCUCCACAGUAUUAAUUGUGGAGAGCAGAGGGUGGAGAAGGGUGGGAUACUAAUCAAGUACCAGAAAGUUGGUUCUGGGGCAUUUUCUUUAGAGAAGGCUGGACAUUGUCCAUAGUUUUCUGUUAUCUGGAAAUGAGAGUCAGCUAGAAGGAGAGCAGACAGGGACCUGUGCUGAGAGGCAGUUUACAUCUAUGAAAUCAUGAAUAUUUGUUACAAGUUCUACAGAUUUAGCUAAUCCUUCAAACUUGACUGAGAUAAUUUUUUAAAAGUCCCUUGUUACUAUCAUUUCAAAAUGAGUCCAUUCAUCAUCUCUGUGUGACAAGUAAUUAAAGAAAAAAAGGAGCAAAAUGUUGUUUAUGGAGGAGAUAGAAAUAAAGACAAUGUAACAUUUCAAUUUUGAUAACUUAUGAAGUGGUUAACAAGAAAUUACAUACAUCUUGUAUUUAGAAUUGUGUUACAGAGGCUUCAUUAUGGGGAGGGGAACAAACUGAAAUAGUUAACAUCAAUAAGGCAAUGAGGUCUGAAGAGGCUUGCAAUUUGCCUCCAGACCCUUUGAGGUUCCUUCCCUUCUCAAGUAUCAUCAGUCAUCCACAUUCCUUCAUCCACACCUCUGGGGUCCCCCAUACUGAGGGGGUUCCCACAGUGAGUGCAGAUGUUCGGGUGUGAGUUAUGAUUUGCCUCAUUUGAAUAACUAUUCCUCCUAUCACCAUCAUAUCUGAAGUUUCUAUUUCUAUUUUCUUGAUAUCUCUUCUUACAAUUCAUAAUGCCAUAACCCACCUUUCCACAGAAAUAACAUGUUAGGAAAAAAAAAAGCAGCAACCUCCUCUUCCACAGUCUGUGUUGAAUGCCCGGAAACUGGCCCCGGUUACUUUCAAGGUAAGCUCUUUGGAGCAACCCCUUUGCCAGCCCUGAGUUUUCUGUCCUUUCAGUAGCUCUGAGGGCUCCUGAUGGGAUUAGGUUCAGCUGGUUCUUUCAGAAGACCCUGCUCUCUAAGGAGGGAGGGGUCAUGGCUUGCCUGGACUCUGAUGGCUCCUGAUGGGAUUAGGUUCAGGUGGUGUGGGCCAAAUGAUCCCGGAGCCAAAAAAAGGGAGAAAAAAAAAAGCAGCAACCUCCUCUUCCACAGUCUGUGUUGAAUGCCUGGAAACUGGCCCGGGUUACCAUAACAAUAUUCAUUUGGAAUAACAAAAGAUCAAGGAUAUCCAGGGGAAUAAUGAAAAAAAAAACACACAAAUGAGGGGGGCCUUGCAGUCCCAGACCUCAAACUAUAUUACAAAGCAGCAGUCAUCAAAACAAUUUGGUACUGGCUAAGAGACAGAAAGGAGGAUCAGUGGAAUAGACUGGGGGCAAGUGACCUCAACCAGACAGUAUAUGAUAAACACAAAGAUCCCAGGUUUUGGGACAAAAAUCCACUAUUCCAUAAAAACUGCUGGGAAAAUUGGAAGACAGUGUGGGAGAGACUAGGAAUAGAUCAACACCUCACACCCUACACCAAGAUAAAUUCAAAAUGGGUGAGUGACUUAAACAUAAAGAAGGAAACCAUAAGUAAAUUGGGUAAACACAGAAUAGUAUACAUGUCAGACCUUUGGGAGGGGAAAAGCUUUAAAACCAAGCAAGACAUAGAAAGAAUCACAAAAUGUAAAAUAAAUAAUUUUGACUACAUCAAACUAAAAAGCUUUUGUACAAACAAAACCAAUGUAACCAAAAUCAGAAGGGAAACAACAAACUGGGAAAAAAUCUUCAUAGAAACCUCUGACAAAGAUUUAAUUACUCAUAUUUAUAAAGAGCUAAAUCAAUUGUACAAAAAAUCAAGCCAUUCUCCAAUUGAUAAAUGGGCAAGGGACGUGGACAGGCAGUUCUCAGAUAAAGAAAUCAAAACUAUUAAUAAGCCCAUGAAGAAGUGUUCUAAAUCUCUUAUAAUUAGAGAGAUGCAAAUCAAAACAACUCUGAGGUAUCACCUCACACCUAGCAGAUUGGCUAACAACAGCAAAGGAAAGUAAUGAAUGCUGAUGGGGAUGUGGCAAAGUAGGGACAUUAAUUCAUUGCUGGUGGAGUUGUGAACUGAUCCAACCAUUCUGGAGGGCAAUUUGGAACUAUGCCCAAAGGGCGACAUAAAAAUAUCUACCCUUUGAUGCAGCCAUAGCACUGCUGGGUCUGUACCCCAAAGAGAUAAUGGACAAAAAGACUUGUACAAAACUAUUCAUAGCUGCGCUCUUUGUGGUGGCCCAAAACUGGAAAACGAGGGGAUGCCCAUCAAUUGGGGAAUGGCUGAGCAAAUUGUGGUAUAUGUUGGUGAUGGAAUACUAUUGUGCUAAAAGGAAUAAUAAAGUGGAGGAGUUCCAUGGAGACUGGAACAACCUCCAGGAAGUGAUUCAGAGCAAGAGGAGCAGAACCAGGAGAACAUUGUACACAGAGACUGAUACACUGUGGUGUAAUCGAAUGUAAUGGACUUCUCCAUUAGUGGCAGUGUAAUGUCCCUGAACAAUCUGCAGGGAUCUAGGAGAAAAAACACUAUCCAUAAGCAGAGGACAAACUGAGGGAGUAGAAACACCGAGGAAAAGCAACUUCCUAACUACAGUGGUUGAGGGGACAUGACAGAGGAGAGACUCUAAAUGAACACUCUAAUGCAAAUAUUAACAGCAUGGCAAUGGGUUCGAAUCAAAAACACAUGUGAUACCCAGUGGAAUCAUGUGUCAGCUACGGGGGGUGGGAGGGAGGUAAAGAAAAUGAUCUUUGUCUUUAAUGAAUAAUGCAUGGAAAUGAUCAAAUAAAAUACUAUAAAAUUUAAAAAAAAAAAGAAAUAACAUGUUAGUAGUUGUUUUGUGGAUUCUUAUAAGGGAGCUAUGAUCUCUCCCUGCUUUACCUUUCCAACUAUUUUGGUUAAUUCUUUUAUUUUUUUCCUCAAUGUUUCCACUAAAUAAAUGUUCUCUUAAUCCUC